UUACCCGAGAUCUUCCUCCCAGACGGCAAGGAUGUGAGGCUGGCGAGGCAGCUAUCGCUCGCGACACCGGAGGGGGCGCGCAGCAAAGGCUGGCAGCCGAGCCAGGGGAUCCCGGGAGCGCAGUCGGACACCCUCCGGAGGGAAGAAAUGAGGUAGCGACCAUCCCCGGAGCCGACCAUGCGCACGCCCCGCCCUCGGAGCCUGGCGCUGCCCUGGCGGAGCCAGCCCGGACAGUGAGCCGGAGAAGCCCGAGUCCCCGGCGUCCUGCGGGAGAGAAGAUGCAGUGAGCCACGGCGGGACUGCUGCGCUGGGCCCGCCGCGGCCAGCCGGACCCACCAUCUGAGCGCACUUGGGGCAAGCAGCUGAUUCUGGGACCCGCUCAGCCGAGGGCCUCUCUGCCUCCAGCACCCCUUGGGGGUGGGGAGCACCGACCCCUGGGCACACUAGCGGUUGAGUUUCCGCGGUUUCUGGCCCUAGCCCUGGGGAUUGUGUGUGUGAGUGUGAGAGGGGGCCCCUUUUCACCUUCGCCGAGGAGUUCCUGCGUAUUCUCGCACCAUCCCGGCUGCUUUUGCUGCACGCGCGCAUCCCUUUUUUCUAAAGACAUUUUCUGCUCCACUCUCGUGCUUUCUCUCAUUUUGCUUGCCCAAGACUCUUUGCCCUGGUCCUGCCCAGGCUGGGGUAAAUCUGUGUGCUCCUCCCUCCCCCCCACUCGUUGCAGUUAAAUCCUCUUUAAAAAAAAUUCUACCCCUACCUCUUUCGGCGGGGUUCUCGAACAUCUCCCCCGCCCCCACUCCCUCCGACUGGGCCACUCCCAGCAGAGUUUUAUUUUUCGGUCUUGCCCCGGCCGGGCCCGGCCGGGGCGGGUGGCUCAGCCGGGCUCUCAAUCGGCGCUCCGCCGCCGCCGCCGCCCAGCUGCGCUGGGGCGCCCUCCGGAGAUGCUGCCGUGGAAGAAGCACAAGUUCGAGCUGCUGGCCGAGGCGCCGCCACGGCAGGCGUCCAAACCCAAGGGCUACGCGGUGAGCCUGCACUACUCGGCGCUCAGCUCUCUGGCGCGGGCGUGCCCCGAAGGCGCGCUCAGCCGGGUGGGCAGCAUGUUCCGCUCCAAGCGCAAGAAGCUGCACAUCACCAGCGAGGACCCAACUUACACCGUGCUCUACCUGGGCAAUGCCACCACCAUCCAGGCGCGCGGCGACGGCUGCACCGACCUAGCGGUGGGCAAGAUCUGGAGCAAGAGCGAGGCGGGCCGUCAGGGCACCAAGAUGAAGCUGACUGUGAGUGCGCAGGGCAUCCGCAUGGUGCACGCCGAGGAGCGUGCGCUGCGCCGCCCGGGCCACCUCUACCUGCUGCACCGCGUUACCUACUGCGUGGCGGACGCGCGACUGCCCAAGGUCUUCGCCUGGGUGUACCGGCACGAGCUCAAGCACAAGGCGGUAAUGCUGCGCUGCCACGCGGUGCUGGUGUCCAAGCCCGAGAAGGCGCAGGCCAUGGCCCUGCUGCUUUACCAGACGUCAGCCAACGCUCUGGCGGAAUUUAAACGGCUCAAGCGGCGGGACGAUGCGCGUCACCAACAGCAGGAGCUGGUGGGCGCGCACACCAUCCCGCUAGUGCCUCUGCGCAAGCUGCUCCUGCACGGACCCUGCUGCUACAAGCCGCCGGUGGAGCGCAGCCGCAGCGCGCCCAAGCUCGGCUCCAUCACCGAGGAUCUGCUCGGCGAACAGCAGGAGCAGGAGCUGCAGGAGGAAGAGAGAGGGUUGCACACGGAGGGCUGCCCGGAGGAGGAGGAGGAGGAGGAGGAGGAGGAGGAGGAGGACCGAGCCGGGGAGGGAGACCCGGCAGAGCAAGAGGCCGAGGCGCAGCGGGCGCUGGUGGUGGCCAUGCACUUCGAAUGCGGGGACUUGCUGGACACGCUGGAGAGUGGCCGCGAAGAGGCGCUGGGGGGCGGCGGGGUCUCGCCGGGUCCUGAGGCUGUGUCGCCGUCUCUGCUGCUGGGCAGCACCUCCGACAUGAAGGCCGAGCUGUCCCAGCUUAUUAAUGAUCUGGGAGAGCUCAGCUUCGGCAACGACGUACGCAGCCUGCAGGCCGACUUGCGGGUGACGCGCCUACUGUCGGGUGAGAGCACGGGUAGCGAGAGCUCCAUCGAAGGAGGGGCCCCGGAACCCACCACUACCACCGCCGGGGACCAGUCCGACCCCGCCGACUGCGCCAGCUCAGACGAGCCCCACUCGGGCUGAGCUCCCAGCAAUGUCCUGUGCGCUCCCCUGUUGCCCCAUCGUGACCCCCCCCUCUCUCCACCACUUCCUUACCUUCCCGACCCCCCCCCCCAAAGAAAGGGGAAAGGGGACACUUGAGGCCCAGACCCUCCCCCACCCCCAUACGUUUGGCUCUGUUUGAAGCAGGGCUCAGAUUGCACGUGGAGAUAUGGGGGAGGGAAACUCUACAAGGAAGGGGAGAGAGGCAGCCUCUGGGGUCUGGGGAGGGGAAGGGCAGCUGGUGUUAGCAAAGCCCCACAGGCGUGAGGUGUCUGCCGGCCAGUUUCCUGUUUGUGGGGCAGCUGGGGCCUGAGGAGGAGGGGUUAACUUCCUCCACCAGCCCCCAACUGGGAGCGGCCUGGCGCUGUCAUUGACAUGUCAUUAAAAAAAAAAAAAAGAAUUUGCUCUCACAAUGUUUGAGGCUUUAGUGCCACCUCCUUGCCCCCAGUCUUUUUGGUGCGAGAGCUUGGGUUGUUUACCUCAGACUCAGACCCUUGAAAUUCUGCCAAAUUCCUCAAAUAACUGGUGGGGAAGGGAGGAGGGGAGAAAGAAAGUUGCAUUUUGUUUACAGUUAAAGACAUCUAAUAUCUAAAAAAGGAGUUUUCCUUUAGAAACACACACACCUUGCUCCCGCUCAAAAGAUCUCACUCCAUGAUACUGUGUAAAAUAUUUUUGCACUGUUGUGAAGUAUUUUUGACAUCUUUUUGGUUUUUUUUUUUUUGUACAUAACUGUGUUCUGAGUCCAAUGUUUAUAUCUUUUGCUGUGCAAAAGGGACAUGUAAAAUGUUGUUCAGCUGUAUAUACAGAAAUGUGUAUAAAACAUUUUGUUAUUUUUAAA